AUCUUCAACUGGGCCUCUCCGCCCGAGAAGCGCUUCCGGCAAAACGACCGACUCGAGGCGUUGGCCUGCAAGAAGGCGUUCAAGUACGCGCUGCACUUCGCCGGCGACGAGUACUACAAGGAGAUGCUGUCCAACUACGCGGCAAGGUGUUUCCACGAGCUCGGCGAGGAGCGCCUCCCCAGCGGAGCAUUCUCGACGAAACAACUCGUCACGUCCGGUGCCCCCUACUACUUCAUGCUCCUCGGGCUGAUGAGCUCGCAUUCCGUCGGCCUGGAGACGCUCAACACGAUCGGCAUCUUCCAGAGGGGGAGCAGU